GACUCGUCCAGUACUACACAGUGUGUAGCGAUACCCAUCAUGACGGACACUAUCGUCGAGGGCGAUGAGAUCUUUACUGUUGUUCUGGAGUCACCCGAUGAUGUCAACCUGACGCCCGACAUGGGAACUGUUACCAUCAAUGACACCAGUGUUGUCACACCAGAGUUUGAUCAGUCAAGCUACACUGUACCAGAAGACGACGGACCAGUGGAAGUGUGUCUUGUGGUGCCAGAUGGUCAGAUUGAGAGGGAAACUGUAGUUCAACUAGUGACCAUGCCAGGAACAGCCACAAGUGGAGUGGACUAUGAUGCGGGGCCUUAUUCAGUGACAUUCACAGUGGGAUCAACCCGCCAGUGUGUAGAGAUAGGUAUCCCUGAUGAUGGCACUCCAGAGGAUGAUGAGACUGUCGUAAUAUCCAUUCCUCCAUCUCCUGAUGUAUCUCCUCCUGAUCCCACCACUAUCACCAUCAUUGACGAUGAUGUGGUGAUAGGAUUUGAAAGGACAAUAUACACGGUAGGAGGAGAUGAUGGUCAGGUAGAGUUGACUGUAUCAGUACUGGAAGGAGUGCCCUCUGGAGAUGUGGUAGUUAGACUCAACACCAGAGACAAUACUGCCACAUCUCCUGCUGACUAUUCUCCUAUCGAUCAAUUGCUCACAUUCAGUCCAUCAAGAACUAGUGUUACAAUACCCAUCGACAUAGCUACCAGUGUUCUCAACGAACCAGGGGAAAACUUCUUUGCCGAUCUGACUCUCGUAUCGUCUGGUGAUGACAAUGUUAUCUUGGAACCAGAUGAGGCUGAAGUAAUGAUAAUUCAAGUCGGUGCUGCAAGGAUAGGGUUUGAGAGGACAGAGUAUGUGGUGGAUGAAGGAGAUGGUUCAGUGACUGUGGUGGUACGUGUUCUGGACUGGGCCACUGAGUGGAGAUGUUGAGGUGGAAUUCACUACUGCUGAUGUAUCUGCCACUAGUUCAGCUCCUGUAGACUACACCUCUACUUCCCGUACCUUGACCUUUGGACCCAGUACCACUAGUCAGUCUGUCAACAUUCCCAUCAAUAAUGACGAUGUCGUGGAGACUGUCGAGAACUUUAUUGCUAGCCUCACUCUCGGAACAGAGGACGCCAAUGUUGUGAUCAACCCAGCCAGAACUACUGUCAGCAUCAAUGAUAACGAUGUGUUCAAUCCAUCUUUUCAGUUCCCUGAAUACACUGUUGUUGAGAAUGAAGGACCAGUCACAGUGUGUUUGUUAGUGCCUGCAGGACAGCUAGAGAGAGCAGUGUCUGUCACUUUCGCCACCUUCGACUUACUUGCCACGGCCAGCCAAGACUACAUGCCCCAGGAUCUCCAGCUAACCUUUGAACCUGGAGACACCCGGCAAUGCCGACUUAUUCCAAUCAUUGACGACCCAACCCCUGAGGAUAACGAGCCGUUUACCGUCAGGGUGACAGUGCCUGAUGGACCGGUCAUUGAGACAAUCGUCACCAUUAUUGAUGAUGACGAGGAGUGUCUGCAGCUACCAGACAUUCCGUUUGGCUCUGUGACUCAGACAGGCAGACAAGUAGGAGACACUGCUACCUACACCUGCGAUCCUGGAUUCGACCUGAUAGGGUCACCGACUAGGACCUGUACCCAAACUGAUCCCGACACUGCAGAUUUCAAUGGACAAGAACCAGUCUGCAGACCUCAAUGUGUAGAUCUACCAGACAUUCCGUUUGGCUCUGUGAGUCAGACAGGCAUAGCGGUAGGAGACACUGCUACCUAUACCUGCGAUCCUGGAUUCGACCUGAUAGGGCACCAACUAGGGCAUGUACCCAGAUUGCUCCCGACACAGCAGAUUUCAAUGGACAAGAACCAGUCUGCAGACCUCAAUGUGUAGAUCUACCAGACAUUCCGUUUGGCUCUGUGAGUCAGACAGGCAUAGCGGUAGGAGACACUGCUACCUACACCUGC